AUGGCAGAGACACCCGUUCUCUCUCUCCUACUGGCCCUUCUGAUGUGGGUGGGGCCCGCUAGCCCCUCCCCCACACUCUUGCUCCGCCCCCGGGAGAGGGAGCGAGACCUGGGGUCGUCCAGCAACUUCAACAUCGCUGUCAUCCACUCUGGGCCCUCGCCGUAUUCUGACACCGGGAUGAGUGUAUCGGGAUCCGGAGCCGGGGGCCGGGUGCUGUACCCCGGGGUGAGCUCGGGACGCAUUUCCAGCAGUCUGGGGGAGAGUGUAGUGACUCAGUGGGGCUCUGCCAAUGUGAUCUGGCUGGCGGUGAACGACAGCAGCCCCAGGACCCUCCUGCUGCAGCUCUGCGAGCUCCUGGCUACGCGACCCCUGCAAGGACUGGUGUACGAGGAGGAGCGGCCCCCUCCGGUCCCCCGAGGCCCCCUGGCGCCCAUGCUGGAGUUCGUCUCCGCCCAGACAGGGCUUCCCAUUGUGGCAGUCGGAGGCGGAGCGGGUCUGGGGCGGAUGCCGCAGGAGAGCGGCUCCAUCUAUCUACAGUUCAGCUGCUCCACAGCACUCCAAUUGGAGGUGAUCUUUGAGGUGCUGGAGGAAUACGAUUGGACGGCCUUUUCGGUCGUGUCCACCCGUCACCAUGGCUACCAGGACUUCCUGUCGAUCGUGGAGGGCCUAACGGACGGCUCGUUUAUCGGCUGGGAAAAGAAGAGCGUCGUGAUGCUGAACCUAACAGACGACCCCGGGGGUGCUCGCACCAGGAGGCUGCUGAAGGAGAACGAGGCCCAGGUGCGCCUGCUGUACUGCUCGCAGGAGGAGGCCGAGCAGGUGUUCAAGGCAGCCUGGGCCGCGGGUCAGGCCGGGCCGUCCCACAUGUGGUUCGCAGUGGGACCCGCUCUGGCCGGCUUGGGUCUCGAAGGGCUUCCCAGGGCUCUGUUUGCCGUGAGACCGCAGGGCUGGAGGGACGAGCCCAGGAGGAGGAUUGCCAGGGGCGUGCUGGUGCUCACUCAUGGGGCUGUGGCUUUGAGGAAGGAGUAUGGAGCUGCAGGGGGUUUAAACUUUGUCAGCAACUGCCAGACAGACAGCAACCACACUCAAAGGAUACCUGACAGGAUAAGGUUCUUCAGCAACAUAACGCUGGGAGGGCGAGAUUACUCCUUCAACAGCGACGGCUAUCUGGCCAACCCUUCCCUGGAUGUGAUCUCAUACACACCUGGAAAAGGCUGGGAGGAGGUUGGCUGGUGGGAGAACGGGGUGCUGAGGCUGCGAUACCCGGCCUGGUCUCGCUACGGACCCUUUCUACAGCCUCCGGAUGAUGCGCAGCACCUGCGCGUGGUCACGCUGGAGGAGCGUCCCUUUGUCAUCGUGGAGCCUGCUGACCCCGCGUCUGGCACCUGCAUCCGUGACUCCGUCCCCUGCCGGCGACCCCUCAACGACAGUGUGACUAUGGAGGGUAUGGUGCCCAUGAAACAGUGCUGCAAAGGCUUCUGCAUCGACAUUCUCAAGCGACUGGCCAAAAUCGUGGGCUUCACCUAUGACCUCUACCUAGUAACUAAUGGAAAACACGGAAAGAAGAUUGAUGGGGUGUGGAAUGGAAUGGUGGGAGAGGUGGUGUACAAGCGUGCAGACAUGGCCAUCGGUUCCUUAACUAUCAACGAGGAGCGCUCCGAAGUGGUGGAUUUCUCCGUGCCGUUCGUGGAGACGGGCAUCAGCGUGAUGGUUUCCCGAAGCAACGGCACCGUUUCGCCCUCAGCGUUCCUUGAGCCCUACAGCCCCGCCGUGUGGGUGAUGAUGUUCGUGAUGUGCCUGACCGUCGUGGCAGUGACCGUCUUCAUCUUCGAGUACUUCAGCCCCGUCGGGUACAACCGCAGCCUACAGAGUGGCAAGAAGGCGGGGGGCUCCAAGUUCACCAUUGGAAAGUCGAUCUGGCUGCUGUGGGCUCUGGUGUUCAACAACUCGGUCCCGGUGGAGAACCCCAAGGGCACCACUAGCAAGAUCAUGGUGCUCAUCUGGGCCUUCUUCGCCGUCAUAUUUCUGGCCAGCUACACCGCCAACCUGGCUGCCUUCAUGAUCCAGGAAGAGUACAUCGACACUGUCUCUGGGCUUAGCGACAAGAAGUUCCAGCACCCCACGGAGCAGUACCCACCUCUCAAAUUCGGGACGGUCCCCAACGGCAGCACCGAGAAGAACAUCCGGAGCAAUUACCCCGACAUGCACCAGUACAUGAUGAAAUAUAACCAGAGAGGAGUGGAAGAAGCCAUCACUAACCUCAAGACUGGCAAGCUGGACGCCUUCAUUUACGACGCAGCGGUGUUGAACUACAUGGCCAGGAAGGAUGAGGGAUGUAAGGUGAUGACCAUUGGCUCAGGCAAGGUCUUCGCCACCACGGGCUACGGCAUUGCCCUGCACAAGAACUCACGCUGGAAGCGUCCCUUGGACCUCGCUCUGCUCCAGCUGGUGGGAGACGAUGAGAUUGAGAUGCUCGAGCGCCUCUGGCUGUCAGGGAUCUGCCACAAUGACAAGAUUGAGGUGAUGAGCUCCAAGUUGGACAUCGACAACAUGGCGGGAGUAUUCUACAUGCUGCUGGUGGCCAUGGGCCUGAGCCUUCUGGUCUUUGCCUGGGAACAUCUGGUCUACUGGAAACUGCGCCACUGCAUGGGCCAUUCCGGCAAGCUGGACUUCCUCCUGGCCUUUAGCAGAGGAAUGUACAGUUGCUGCAGCUUUGAAGAUGAAACAGCCCCAGGGGGAGCAAAAUCAACUCUCCCUCCUCAUCACCAUGCCUCUGUGGGGGCCCCUCCUCCCCAGGCUCAUGUUGUCACGACAGCUGUUGCCAACCCUGCGAUCACCAUGGCACAACAACAGCAGCCGCCACCGCAGCAAGCUUACAAAACUCCUCUGCCGGGGUCCCCGCCAACGGUAGCACAUUCAGGGUCGGCCCUCGGGCCCUCCAGUACUCCCGUUUUGAGCGCUCCGCUUCCCUGUUCCACGUUUCUGCCCCGCCCUGACCGCAGGUUGGCUGUGGUAGACCGCUGGAGGCUCCCGAAGACCGCUCCUGCCAAUCAAAUGGCUGUAAGGAGUGGCAUCUCGGAAAUGGGCGUCUACCCUCAGAAGGUAGCCCCGGCCUGGGCAGGCGCAGGGGCCGGAGGUCUGGAUGGAUACAAACGUUACUACGGUCCCAUCGACCCCGAGGGCUUGGGGCCUUGCGUGGACCCUCAAGCGGCUGGUUCACAAACACCAAAAACAGGUCAGGGGAAGGGGGUUAAGCCUUUGGGGACGCCGCGGUUGCCACCUAAAAGCCAGGCCCCUGCCCCCUUGCCCCCUAAUCCUCCACUGCCGCAACCCUCUCCCCCUCUCCCUUCCUCCUUCUGGAGAAAGCGACGCCCCAAGAAGCCAAAGGACUCAGGGGGACCUUUGUACGAGAAUAUUCUUCCCUUGGGAAGACAUGGGGCAGGGGGUAGGGAUGGAGGUGGUAGAAGAAGCUGCCACUCUCCAUCUCUGCCCUUGCCUGUCCCCGUUCCCCUGUCCCCUACCUACACUCCUCCUUCCCCGUCUCCCUCUCUCCCCUACACAUCGACCUCCAGUUCCUCCUCUACCUCUAGCUCAUCCUCCUCAUCUUCAGCAUCCUCCUCCCGCUCCUCCUCACCCUCCUCCACGGCUUCCACUGCAUCCUCCAGGAGUUCUAGGGAGAGGGAGGAAGGCAUGGAGGAAGAAGAGGAUGAAGAGAUGGAAGAACUGACAGAGGAGUCCAGCCUCCUGUUAGGGCGGGAUAGAGAACGGUCCCUCAUAUCUCCUCGCUCUCUGACCCAUGGUCCCCCACCUCCACCUGUGCCCCCCCGCAAGCCCCGCCAACAGAAAGGGGAGAGGGAGCGUGUACGGGAGCGAGGCGGGAGCCAGCUAGCCCAGCUUCAGGAGUGGUGGGCCAACUGGGGGGAGAAGGAGCGGGAGCGAGAAAGGGAGCGGGAAAGGGACCGGGAGAGGGAAAGGGAAAGGGAGAGGAACAAGGAAAAAGAGAGGAAGAAGAAGAAGAAAAAGAACAAGAAGAGGAAAAAGCGAGAGGAGCGAGAGAGAGAGCGAGAGAGGGAAAGGAAACGGCAUAAAGUGAAAAAGAAGAAAAAGAAAGCCCUGAAAACGAAGAAGAGAAAGAAAGGGACGAUAGGAAAACGCUCUGAGACGGAGGAGGGCGACCUGGAGCCUGAGAGGGACGUGGAGGGGGACAGGGAAAGGGAUGGCGCGGUAUCCCAGGGCUACUCCUACUCUGCACAGUUCCGCAGCUCUUUUGGGGAAAAGGGUGGUGGGAUGAAUAGGGAUCCUGCCUGGGAGGGAGAGAGGGACAGAGGGAGGAGAGAGGGAGAAGGCGAAGGGCCUGACAGGCAGGAGGAGGAAAGUGGCAGGAGCCGGGACAGGCGCCCCAAGGGAGCCCACUCCCACUCCCACUCCAGACAGCGAACAGCCAGCAGCAAGCGCUACCCCAAUCUGAACAAGCUCCCGGCAUCUGUCAAGUUUUGGGUGAGCGGAGGAAAUGGCGGGGAACCGGCUCCUGACACCUCUCACUCUUCCGCCCUGCACCCGCUGCUCCCUUCCUCCUCGAAGCGCCGGAGGAGCGCAGGGAGCGACAGAGAAGCCGGCGGGAGGGGGGGUGAGAGGCGACCCUUGCUGCUACACUACGAAAGGAGCAGGGCCCACACAAGAGAGGGCCUCUCUUUCCACGAAUGGGACUCGGAGGAUGACGACGACGAGGACGAUGAGGAUGUGGGGGAAGAGAGGGAGCGAAUGGAGGAGCGAGGACGAAGAAGUGGAGGCAGGAGGGUGGUGUCAGAAUCUGAGAGAGAUAGGGAGAGGGUGGAGGAAAGCUAUUCGGACGAGGGGUCCUCUGGAGAAUUUGGUCAGUUUGAAAGGUACUGGGAGGGCAGCGCGGGUGGAGGCGCUUCUGGGAUAGGUGGAGGCGGCUGGUUUUUUGGGACCUAUCCUGCCAGGGAGAAAGGGGGCAGCAUAAACAGUAGGGACGACUCUCUUCUGGGGCGAGGGGACGGAUGGGGGGCCAGCGGUGAUAUCUGGGGCUCAGGCGGUACAUUUGGAUGGGGGUCGGCCGGUGGAAGCGGAGGGCUCGGAUCUCAGUGGCCUCCCCCGCCCACAGCUCUCCCACCCCCACGCAGAUACUGGUCCGUAGAUAAGCUCCCUAUGAAAGGUGAGAGGAAAUGGAAAGGUGGGGGGAAGGGGAAAAGCAAGGCGCGCGGCCGGGAGCCGGAGUCCACUGCGUGCUUCUGCCACUACCCUCACGAUCACCCUCACGAUCACCCUCACGCACACCCCAAACGGGAAGGGGCCUCCUCCCAUAGCCAGGAGGAGCUGUUGCCGCACUGCCACAGCUUCAGCGGCGGCUCCCGGCCCAAACCGCUGCCCCCUAAGCCCGAGUCGGGCCAGACCAAGUCCGGGAGCCAGUCCAACCUCAGCAGCCAGCAAGUCCAGCUGACCGAGCACCCUCCCCAGCCAUCGCCGUCUCCUCCGCAGGCCCUCCCGGCUCUCCCCUCUUCCUCACUUCCUACCCCGUCUUCUUCCUCCCUUCCUGUUCCCAUCCCUCCGCCUCCAUCUGCCUCCUCCGUUUCUCCGCCCUCUCUCAUCUCCCCUACUACGGGUACCUCUCAGACUAGCGCCAGCGCCAAGCUCCAGUACCAGAGACUACGGUCGGUGCCCCAGCCACGAAGGUUCUACUCCCCUCACCUGCCCCUCAAAGCCAAGAGCCUGUGCUCUCGGAGAGGCUCAGCCCAUUUUUCCAGUCUUGAGAGCGAAGUAUGA